AUGGCCCUUAAGAAGAUUCGACUCGAAAAUGGGGACGAAGGUGUGCCGUCAACAGCAAUCCGUGAGAUUGCUCUCCUUAAAGAGCUUCAGCACCCCAAUAUUGUCAGUUUGGAGCAGGUGAUCUUAGAUGGUGGACGACUGUACCUAGUUUUUGAGUACAUGAACCUGGAUCUUAAGCACUACUUGGAGACGGAAUGUAAGGAGAGGCCCCUUGAUCCAGUACUUGUUAAGAGUUUUAUGUAUCAAGUGCUGCAGGCCCUUCUGUUUUGCCAUGCAAGACGCGUCAUUCACCGCGAUCUGAAGCCUCAAAACGUUCUUGUUGAUGUUGGUAGAAAUAUUGUCAAGCUGGCUGAUUUUGGUUUGGCCAGAGCGUUCGGAGUGCCUAUUCAUGCUCUAACUCACGAGGUAAUUACUCUGUGGUACCGGGCCCCGGAGAUCCUGCUGGGGUCGAAGCGGUAUUCUUGUGCCGUGGACAUGUGGUCGAUGGGUUGCAUAUUUGUGGAAGUGGCGACGAACGAGGCCCUUUUCCGUGGUGAUUCGGAAAUUGACCAACUUUUCCGUAUAUUCCGUACGAUGGGUACACCAACAGCGGAAGAAUGGCCAGGCCUAGUGGAUCUAUCAGGAUAUAAAGAUAAGUCGUUUCCGAUUUGGCGUGAAAACCGACUGUGUGAUUUGGAAAGGAUAAAAACUACGUUUGAUUCGGCCGGUCUUGAUUUGCUAUUGGGGAUGCUUAUUUAUGAACCGACGCGACGAAUGUCAUCCCGAGACGCCCUGUUGCACCCAUACUUUGAGGAUCUUGACCGAACUCAGUUGCCUGCUUGUGGUGAGGAGUACGUCGGUCUUCCCAUCGACCAUAUUCCUCGCGAAGUCGCUACUAUAUUUGCCGCUGGCGCGGGCGAGGAGCAAGCGUUGGAGGAAUUGGAGAAUAUCGACCUAGAUCAGAUUCCGAUCGAGCCAUCGACGGUGGCCCUGGGUGCGGCCUCGUUUCCGGUAGCCGUUGCUCACGCAAAGCUGAUUCAACAACAACGAGAAGGCGAACGUCAAGGCACCAGUGAGCCGCUGUCGGAGAAUCAGGUUGUCAACAUGUCCAUCGACUAG